CCUUUAUUUUUGAAUAGAGAGAGAGAGAGCUCCGGACCGUUUCACUCUCCACUCUAAAACCACUGUUCGUGUGUACAGAUCUCUCUCUCUCUCUCUCUCUCUCAUUUUUGAUUCGGAUUUUCAAAUGCGCACCGUUUUGAUCGAAUAGCCGACUCUCUCUAAUCCUUGAUGCUCUCAACUUCGCUCCUCGCAGCUCAGUUCGCCUGUGGACUUGAUGUCCGACUAGAAUGAUUUGGAGUAGAACUAGUGGAGAAAGUCUUCGAUUAGGGAUUGGGGUAUGUAGCUUGAACUGCCUGUUGUUAAACUAUGGACGGUGACAGAACAAAUUCUACUCCAGAAGGGUCGGGUGGUGACAAUAUUCAGAGAGCUCGAGCUCUCCAUGGGAGGUCUAGUGGGCCUACGAGGCGUUCUACAAAAGGACAAUGGACGCCUGAAGAGGAUGAAAUCUUGCGUAGGGCAGUUCAGAGUUUUAAAGGAAAGAAUUGGAAGAAAAUAGCGGAGUGUUUCAAGGAUCGGACUGAUGUGCAAUGCCUGCAUAGGUGGCAGAAAGUUUUGAAUCCUGAAUUGGUCAAGGGUCCAUGGUCUAAAGAGGAGGACGAAAUUAUUGUUGAAUUGGUCAAAAAGUAUGGCCCAAAAAAGUGGUCCACUAUUGCACAGCAUUUACCUGGACGUAUUGGUAAGCAAUGCAGGGAAAGGUGGCAUAAUCAUCUUAAUCCUGGCAUAAACAAAGAAGCAUGGACGCAGGAUGAGGAGUUGGCUCUGAUUCGUGCUCAUCAAAUUUAUGGGAACAAAUGGGCAGAGCUAACAAAAUUCUUGCCUGGAAGGACAGACAACGCUAUAAAAAAUCACUGGAACAGUUCUGUGAAAAAGAAGUUGGAUUCUUACUUGAAGUCGGGAUUACUACCAGACUUAGAAGGAACGCCUCAUGUUGGACACCAAAACCAACCCAUAAUCUCAUCUUGUUCAAGAGUUCAGAACAGUGGAGAUGAUAGUGCUCCCAGAGGUGCUGAAGGAGAAGAGAUAUCAGAAUGCAGUCAAGAUUCAAAUGUUGCUGGUUGCUUUCAGUCUGGAACUGAAAUGGUCAAUGUGGUAUUACAUACUAGAGAUCGAUCGCAUAUACGUGAAGUAUCCCGGUUAGGAAAUGACCCAAGCUCCAGUCCAGCGUCCUGUUCAGAACCAUAUUACCCGUCUAUGGGGGAUGCCACUUUUUCCAUCCCAGAAAUACCUUCUGAAAUUGUUAGCUCUUCCAAAUUUAUAGAGCAGAGUUUCUCACAUGAUGCUGGAGAGUCAAUGAGUGGGGAUUUCCAGUUUAAUAUGCAGGAGUUAACUAAUAUUUCUUCACUAGAAUCAGAGCAGGAGGCAUCCGGGAUGCAUACCCAUUGUAUGAGUUCUAAUGAGAUCCAUGAUGUGGUCAACUUUCCAUUUCAGACUGCUGGUGCAUUUCCUGCUUCUACUUCCAUGGGGAAUAUGGCGGAUGGUUCAGUUAAAUCAGAGCGGAUGUUGAUAUCUGACGAUGAAUGUUGCAGGGCUUUGUUUUCUGAGGCAAUAAAUCAGGGAUAUUUCUCUAGAGAUUUUACAAAUGGGUUAAACAUGGUUGAUUUGAUUGCAUGCACAGAUUCAUUACUUUUACAAUCGUCGUCAAACCUCCAGAUGUCUGAAACCGGUAGAUCUUCUCAACUUUAUUGUCCUUUGAACUCAGAUGUAGUUGGAACUUCAUGCUCUCAACCAGUUUCUGCUCAUAAUGGUCCACUGAUAUUUGCUGGAGAGGCUAAUAAUUUAUUCAGAGUUCAAGAACAGGAGUAUGUCACAAAUUCAGAGGAUGGAUUUGUCUACACUAAUGACACUGCCAGAUCUCCCAGCACUGUUGUUGGAAAUGAGACUGGAAUGCAAGAGCAAUCUGAUCUGGUUGAGGAUCCUUCAAAUUUAGUCCCUGUAAAUACAUUUGAUUCGGGAUUGGACACGCAAACUUCUCCUUCUCUGGAUGUGAGAUCAGAUGUGCACACAGAACAGCAGGAUGACGGAGCUCUAUGUUAUGAGCCUCCUCGUUUUCCGAGUUUGGAUAUUCCAUUUUUAAGUUGUGAUCUUGUACAAUCAGGAAAUGACAUGCAACAAGAAUAUAGUCCCCUUGGAAUUCGUCAGCUGAUGAUGUCCUCUAUGAAUUGCCUUACUCCAUUUAGGUUAUGGGAUUCACCAUCUCGCGAUGGUAGCCCUGAUGCUGUGCUGAAAAGUGCUGCUAAAACAUUUACAGGCACACCAUCCAUUUUGAAGAAACGGCACCGUGACCUGUUGUCUCCAUUGUCGCCAUUGUCGGAUAGAAGGAUUGAUAAAAAGCUUGGGACUGACGUGACCUCCAGUUUGGCCAGAGAUUUUUCACGUUUAGAGGUAAUGUUUGAAGACAGUGAGACACAGGAGGCACCAUUGCAUUAUCCAUCUUCAAAUCAGCAGAGGACCUCUGAUGCGCAUGAAGAAGACAAAGAGAAUAUGGACACCUGUGAAACCAGAAUAGAAGAAGGGACUGAUACUGUUGCAAUAUCAGCUGAUGAAAUAGCACAGAAACACUUUGAUGACAGUGAAUCCCAGGAAAAGAUGAAGCAAGGAAAUGCUGAUGUUGAUGCUAAGACUAAGGCUGAUGCUGUCCCCUCCUCUCACGAUGCGCAACAGUCUUCUGGGGUUCUUGCUGAACAUAACACAAAUGAUCUGCUAUUGUAUUCUCCUGAUCAAGCUGGUUGUAAAGCUGAAAAAGCCUUGAGCUUGAGUGCUGGAACUCCAAAAGUACAGCAUAGUAAAUCUUUUUCUGCCAAACAAUGUUCCUCUGUUAUUACUCCAACUAUAACAGUGAAGAAGCGAGAAAGUUAUUUGGUUGCACAGACAUGUAUACAAUCUGAUUUGUUGUCAGCUCCCCUGGAGACAACUAGUGAUAAUGCUGGGAAUGGUGCUAGUACUGAGACCAUAUUCGGUGUUACACCACUUAAAAGAAGUAUUGAUUCCCCUUCAGCAUGGAAAUCCCCUUCAGCGUGGAAAUCUCCUUCAGCAUGGAAAUCCCCCUGGUUUAUCAACUCCUUUCUUCCUGGUCCAAGGGUUGAUACAGAAAUAACAAUUGAGGAUAUAGGAUUUUUCAUGAGCCCAGGAGAUAGAAGUUAUGAUGCCAUAGGGUUGAUGAAACAGAUAAGCGAGCAUACUGCUUCUGCAUACGCCAAUGCCCAGGAAGUUUUGGGAAAUGAAACUCCUGAGUCAUUGUUGAAGGAAAGACGGAAAGACCAUGGCAUUGUGGACUUGGAUAAGAAUCUUGCACCACCAAAUCAGCUGGGGAGUAGUUCCCUUUCCGCGCCAAAUGUUGUGGUGGAGCGUCGCACCCUUGACUUUAGCGAGUGUGAAACACCUGGGAAGGGAAAAGAAAGCGGAAAAUUCUCGAAUACUAAAAGCUUCUCAAGUCCAUCUAGCUAUUUGUUGAAGGGAUGCAGAUAAUUUGUUCUCACAAAGCAAAGGUUGUAGCCAUUAAGUUGUUGUUCUAGUUCUUGUUUCCAUAUAUAUUGUAUGUAAGUUUUGUUUAUUUUUAUUAUUCAUACAGUUGCCGAACCCAAUUAAUUAAUUUACUGAAAGAAAUUUGUUCAUGCACUAAUAUUUGUUCUCAUGUUUCUUCA